UGAUAACAAUAAACUUUACGGGCGUCGGAAAAAGAGUAUAUUGUGCUAGUAGCGUGUCGUGUAAAGGCACAAAAGGGAGGGGAAAACACGCAAGCCCCGAACUAAACACAAUGGACACGCUUCAUUGGAGGGAAGUUAACUACACUCCGUAGAUCGUCAAGUUUAAUGGAUAAUCUACGUUAGGGUUGCCAAGUCCUUUGACAAUAUGUUUAGUCCAGUUCAGAUAAAGCAAGAAUAUCCUGGUGUGGAUGAUGGCAAUCAAAACAUAACGAACGGCGUACCUGCUGCUUCGGAUUAUCCGAUAUUUACUAAUCAGGAUGUCGAAUACAUGUAUCGUCAAUUGCCACAAUUUUGGGGACAGGCCCAGUUGCAGACAAAUCAAAUUGUUGAAGAUCUUGCGUCAAAAGGUGAACCUCAUGUUCGUCAGGACAUAGCACAUAAUCAGCCACCGGUUCAACACGUGGCAGUGACAAAUUAUCUUCAACAACAGUCGCAAUCGCAGCACGUAAUGCCUUUCCAAGUUGAACAGCAGCAUCCUCAUGAGCAGGACAAUCAACAGCCAGGGGGGCUGGGUCAACAGCAGCAGCAACAGCAACAACAACAGCAGCAGCAGCAGCAACAACAGCAGCAACAGCAACAGCAGCAAGCUCAACAAUCGCAGCAAUCGAAUUUACCUCAUACGAGUCAGGAUUCGCAUCAGUCUCAAUUAAUGAUGCAACAUCCCGUAUCGUUGAACCCGUCGUUACUCGGUGUUCAAACACAAGUGACAACAGUACCAACAACGAAGCACAACGGGCCGGGGAGGCCGCCGAAAUCGACAACAGGAGGGAGCAGCCAAGGCUCGCCACCGAAAAAAAUGAAGUGUCAGUGUGAGAUAUGUUUCAAGGAGUUUGGCCACAAGAGUAAUUUGUUUAUACACAUGAGAACGCACAACGGUGAGCGUCCAUACAAGUGCACUCAGUGCGACAAGUGUUUUACGCACAGCGGUAAUUUGGCGAUACACAUGAGGACCCACAGCGGAGAAAGGCCCUAUGCUUGUCAAAUAUGCGGCAAGAUGUUUUCCCAUAGCGGCAAUUUGUCAACACAUUUGCGCACGCAUUCCGGUGUUAAGCCUUACAAGUGUCCCGUAUGCGGCAAAGAAUUCCGUCAUAGUGGUAAUCUCUCGAUUCACGAGAGAAUACAUUCCGGUAUAAAACCAUUUCAGUGCAAAGUAUGCGGCAAAGAAUUUUAUCACAGUGGCAAUUUAACGACCCACAUGAAAAAGCAUCCGAUAGGCAAAAAUCCCCUUGAACAACAACAGCAACAACAGCAACAACAUUGUAAUGAAGAAAUAAUCGAUCGUAAUGAUCCGAGAGUAGAUCCGCUCGAUGUUACCUCUAAUAACCCCGUUAGACUGGCGGUAAAUGUCGCUUCAUCGGCGAAUCGCGGCAUUACAGUGAGGAAUAACGUUGAUCGUGAUUCUGUAAAGAGCGAGGGACGCGAGGACAAACGCGGUGAUGAAUCUUUGCAAUUUGCACCACCGACGAGUUAAUGCCUCGCUGGCUCGACUCGCAACGAAUAUGCCUUUAAUCCUUAUUGGUAAAAACGCCGUUUGCUGAGUCGAUCGUCCAACGCGAUUCUUCGGGCUCAUCAAAUAUUGCCCGCAAAGCAACAGAGACAGACAUAAUAAGAGAGAGAGAGAGAGAGAAAAAAAGAGGGAGAAAUGCGUUAAAAGUAUUUCAUUCAAAAUACAUAUUCAAAUAUAUUAAAAGUAAGUGAAUUUACGUUUGUGCACAAAGUGCACGAAUGAAUAAAAAAAAGUCGCGUUUAAAAAGGCGAUUUACCCUGGUGAACAAUUUCGAUAACUGUGUGUUGAAGAUAGACGAAUCUCUUCCUAAAAAACAGAAUGAAAGGGAAAUAUCUGAUCGAGAAAAAACUUAUGUACUUAAGAUCUUAUUAUUGUGCUUCAUUAUCGCGAGUGAUUGCGCGAAAUAAUCGAGUGUCUGCGAGUUGCUUCUCGACUUUUCGAAUUUUCAAAAUCUAUUCUUUUGUUCGCUCAUUUUUCUUCAUCCCACACGCAUUUUUAUUUAAAUUUGAUUGAAAUUGAAUCAAAUUACGUUUUAAUUGAAUCCUUCAAGAAAAAAAACUUGCAUGUAUUUUAUUAACCACUAAAUCACGAGCCAUUAAAAAGUUUAUUGGCUCCUCGGGAAAUAUAAAGCAUUCGAUAUGAUCAGACAAACGUUGAAUCGCUUUAAAAUCAAAAUGAGACAUUUUCACAGAGUCGUUUUUCAACACGAUAUUAUUUCUUCAUUUCGUUUUUUCAAUUUUAUCAAUCGUUUGAAAUGCGACGAGAGGUUGAAUGGCUGUUUUUAGAAUAAACAAUCUUUUAAUGCAUUACUUAUCAAAAAGUCUAAUCGUUGAGUCAUUUUUCUACUCAAUUGAAAGAUCAACAUUAUAACAAAAUCAUUGUUUUAACGAGUUUCGAAUACUUGUGUUGUGAAUCAUAAUACCGAACACGUAUACGAAAUUCUAACGUGAUAAAAAGAUCGAUAAUAUAAAAUAACAAACGGGAAAACAAAUUAAAGGUUCGAUCGGACUCUUGGUUAUAUCGAAUACAUGCACUUUUUAUUUGAAUCUCAAACCAACGACACAAUUACGUCGUUUAGAGAGUUUGUCCCGGACGGUUAAAUGACGCAAUAUUCUCUGAAGAUUUGUGUGCGGGUGUGUGUGGGUUUUCCUACGUGGCAUGUUUUCACUCCUGUUUCUUCGCAGUCGAAAUACGAUCCGGAUAAAACUCUCGAGAGCUCCUCGGAUUCACACUGGUGACAAAAGACUUUAUAUUGAAAAGAAGAAAAAAACGAAACAAACAACAGAAAACGACUUGCACAUCGAUUCAAAAGAAGCAAAAAGGUGGUUUUAAUGAUGAACACACCACUAAUCCGAUUGUUGACCGCUUCUACGUUACAAUUAUUGCAUUUAUAUUUGUGCAACAACUAUAAAACAAACAAAAACUUGAUCAGUUGGCCCAUAGUUUUUAAUCUUUGUAUCCCAAGGCAAAUAUUUUCUCCAGUAAAUACUGUGUUACUUUUUAAA